AUGAGGCGCUGCCCGUGCCGCGGUAACCUGAGCGAAGCGGAGGCCGGGGCGCUGCCCGGAGCGGCCCGCAUGGGACUGGACGCGCCGCGAGGGGGGCGGCGGCGGCAGCCGGGACAGCAGCGACCAGGGCCGGGCGCAGGGGGCCUGGCCGGAUGGCCGGAGGGGGGCGGGCCCUGCGCUCGGACCGAGGAGUCCAGCUUGCACCGUGAGCCCAGGAGGGCCGGCCUGGGGCCUGAGCCAGAGACAGACGGUCUUCCGACAGAGCCCUGGACAGACGGACAGGCUGAACUCGCGGCUGUUGGCUUCGGAGUUGAGACGGAGAGGCCCGACCGAAAAACAGAGCCGGAUAGAUCCAGCCUGCGGACGCAUCCAGAGAGGAGCAGCCACCGUUCCGAGCUGGAGAGGGCCGAUGGUUGCAUAGAGACUGGGAAAGAUGGCUUUUGGACUGACACACAGAGGUCCGACGUAUGGACUCAGCCAGAGGUUGAAGAACCCUGGACAGACCUAGAAACAAAUGGGCCGCAGAUCCUGCCAGAGAGGGAUAGUGUUUGUGCAGAUGGCCUCUGGGCCCAUCAGAACAGGGCCAGCGCCCGAACUCAGCCGGGGGAGCCGUGUCCCUCAAGGGAGCCAAGUGCUGAAUGCCCCUGCAGAGAAUUGCAUACUGAUGGCUCCAGGACACACGGAACUGAAGGCGCUUGGACAGAGACACAUGCCGAUGGGUCUCAGGCCCAACAGGAUCCUGAAACAGCUUGGAAACACUUUGGCCCCAAUGGUGUCCAGGUCCAACAUGAUACUGGUGAUUUUUGCACACAGCCUAAGACUAACUAUGUAGCUGAAGAACUUCCCCAGGAUGGGCCAUUAGAGGAAUCAGAAAUUGGAGAGUUGGUGACUCACCUGUCCUCCCACCUGGGGCAUAGUCUCAGGUGCUCUGUGCCCCGCCUUAUCGUCACCCCUGAGACCCCCGAACCCGAGGUCCAGCCUGUGGGACCUCCCUCCCACUUUGAGGGGGGCAGCGGUGGCUUCUCCUCUGCCUCCUCUUUCGACGAGUCUGAGGAUGACGUGGUAGUCGGGGUUGGAGGUACCAGCGACCCUGAGGACAGGUCUGGGAACAAGUCAUGGAAGAGGCUGAAGACAGUGCUGAAGUAUUCACCCUUCAUGGUCUCCUUCCACAAACACUACCCUUGGGUCCAGCUGUCCGGACAUGUUGGGAACUUCCAGGCUGGAGAGGAUGGUCGGAUUCUAAAGCGAUACUGUCAGUGUGAGCAGCAGAGCCUGGAGCAGCUGAUGAAUGACCCCCUGCGCCCUUUCGUGCCAGCCUACUAUGGUGUCGUGGAGCAGGACGGCCAGACUUUCAACCAAAUGGAAGAUCUCCUGGCCGACUUUGAGGGCCCCUCCAUCAUGGACUGCAAGAUGGGCAGCAGGACCUACCUGGAGGAGGAGCUGGUGAAGGCACGUGAACGGCCCCGGCCCCGGAGGGACAUGUACGAGAAGAUGGUGGCUGUGGACCCUGCGGCCCCCACAGCUGAGGAGCACGCCCAGGGUGCAGUGACCAAGCCCCGCUACAUGCAGUGGCGGGAGACUGUGAGCUCCACGUCCACCCUGGGCUUCCGGAUUGAGGGCAUCAAGAAAGCUGAUGGAACCUGCAACACCAACUUCAAGAAGACACAAGAGCUGGAGCAAGUGACAAAGGCCCUGGAGGACUUUGUGGACAGAGACUAUGAAAUCCUGAGAAAGUACGUGGCUCGCCUCAAGGGACUCCGUGAAGCUCUGGAGAACUCUCCCUUCUUCAAGACCCAUGAGGUGGUGGGCAGCUCCCUUCUCUUUGUGCAUGACCACAUGGGCUUGGCAAAGGUCUGGAUGAUUGACUUCGGCAAGACUGUGGCCCUGCCUGACCACCAGACACUCAGCCACCGGCUGCCCUGGGCUGAGGGCAACCAUGAGGACGGCUACCUCUGGGGCCUGGACAACAUGAUCCACCUCCUUCAGGGGUUGGCCCAGAGCUGA